UCUUCUACUCUCUCUCUCAUUAAUUGCUUCUUGAAUUUGUUAUUGCUUUGUUACAAUUCUGUUCUAAGAAAAUUCUAUUGCGCUUCUUAAUUUAGCCUCACACAGAAAUAAUAUAUAUGUUUAGUCUUGGCAAGGGACCAAAUACUAACGUAACAGUUAUCAUAUAUAUCGCGUGCUUGCAGCAACAAUGAAGGGCUGUGAAAAGCUUGAAAAUUAGUUGCCUGAUCAUAUUAUAUCUUAUAUCUUUUCCAAGUUAGCUUUGAAAGAUUUGGUGAAAACCAGUGCAUUGUCCAAACAAUGGAUUCACGAAUGGGGAUUAAGGGUGGACCUUAACUUCGAUCUCUAUACCAUGUCCGACUAUAACACAGAUCAAGACUUGUCACAAAUCCGUCCUCUCUCUCAAAUGUUUCACUUUCAAUCUGAAUUUGCCACAAGAUUGGAUCAAUUUAUGCUCCAUUAUAAAGGUGCCAUCAUCCGUUCCAUUCGAGUAAAAUUUCCAUUAUGUAAUGAACAUAGGGAUGUCAUUGAUAGAUUGAUCUCCAAAGGAAUUGCUAAUGGUGCCAAACAUAUUGAACUUCUCUUCUCUUCUGAAACAACUAAUACUACUAUUUCUAUUAUGCCAUACAGAUUUUCCCUUAUUCUCUUACUUGAGAAUGAUUCUGUGACCUAUUUGCACCUACAAAACUGCCUCAUAGACAAACGCAGAUACUUCUCUGGAUUAAAAAAUUUGAGAACUCUUGUGUUGCAACAAGUUUUUGUGAAGAAGACACUCCUUAAGACUUUGUGUUCAAAUUGCAACCACCUUGUUGACCUCACCCUUGAUGGUUGUAAAAUCACUUCCAAGUUGGUAAUAAACAACCCAUCAUUGCUUCGUUUGAACAUUGCUAAUGUUGGGUUUUACCCUCGAAAUCUUAUUACUAUCAUUGCCUCAAGUCUCUUGUCCUUUGAGUAUUCUUGUCUUAAAGAACAUGUAGUACACCAAAUGAACAUUCAAGCUCCUAUGUUAUCCAAGUUUAGCUUUAGAGGUGCUUCGUUUUCAAAGCGUAUAGGGUUAUCUGGAUUGACGAACGUAACAACAAUUAAGUUUGAUGCAUUACUAAUUGAUCUAUCCACAAACAUCUUGCCUCAUUUGUUUUCUGAAUGUCCUCAACUUGAAGUUGUCACUCUUAAGAACUGCUUGUUCACAAGUUCAACACAAAUUACCAAUUCGAAGUUACGUCAUUUGAUCAUACUUGAUAGUGUUUGGGUGGAUGACUCUCCUUCUGAUAUAUCUAUUGAUGCAUUAAAUCUUUCAUCCUUUGAAUAUACUGGAUACACCACAAGGAUAAUUUCUUUUACGGCUCCAAGGUUAUCGAAGGUUUUCUGGGAUACAUUCAGAGAGAGAGAAUAGACCACACCUUUUUGAUCCAAUUGCAAGUUUACCACAUAUUGAGAAUUUAGCUAUGAUCGUCGGCACUUUACAAGUGAGUCUCUCAAUGAUAUUCCAACACUAUAGUACAUUCCAACAGUGUCUAGGUUUCUUUCCAUUACAUUUUUCACUAGCUGCUUUUAAUUCACUUAAGUAUCAUUGUUGUAAACAAGUAAAGGAAUUAGCGAAAGUCUUGGUUCGGUUUCAAAAUCUUAGACAAUUGGACUUACAUAUUGAUGGAGCAUGUGAUCCUAGUAUGGACUACUUUUGGCUUUUAGAUAUUGCAACGACUUCUACGCAUCUCCAAAAACUUACUGAGUAUUAAAAAUCUUCAUCCGGAACAUUCACAUAUGGUUGGAUUUAAGAGGCAGAAAAGCGAAUAUGAGGGGUUUUCUCAUAAUGUUUUGAAAUAUGUGGAGUUUCUCGGCUGUGUUUGCUCCAUAAAUGUUUUUGAGUUAGCUACUCAUCUAUUGAAGAGUGCAAAUUCGCUUAAGAAAAUGACUUUCCAUUCUAGUGAGAGAGUCUAUCUUGGAGGUGGUAGAUGGACAACUUAUUUUAAUGCAUGUGGUGGUGAUUGUUGGUUAGGAAAGAAUGUUAUUCACGAGAUGCUUAAGGAUGAAGUAAAUGAACAAUGUCAGCUUAUAAUUCUGUAGUGUCAUUUUUUCUAUUUAUAAUGAGUUUUUACUACUAUUAUUAUUUGUAAUAAAUCUUUUCUAAAAAACUUUGUAUAAUUUACUUUAUUUAUGAAUUACAAUAUUUACUA